AUGUAACUAUAUAUAGCUCUGAAAAUACACCGGCUGAAUGACUGAACGAUUUUUUACUUUACCGAAGUUGGUUUGAGAUCAUAUUACAAUAAUGAUCCUAUUAGUAAUUUUAUGGAUUAGUACGGGGGUUCAGUCUAAAAGUCUGAUGUUCCAGCCUCUAGACUGUGCAGACAUUUAUAACGACAGCUCUAGGACAAGUGGAGUUUACAUGAUCUACCCUGCCGGACCAAACUCUGGUCGCUAUGCGUACUGCGACAUGUACACUGAUGGAGGAAAAUGGAUAGUGUUUCAGAGAAGAAUGGAUGGUACUGUGAACUUCUACAGAGGAUGGGAUCAGUAUAAGCACGGCUUUGGGCACGCAGGUGGAGAAUACUGGCUGGGACUUGAGACAAUUCAUCUACUUACCCUAAAGAAGAACUAUGAGCUGCAUGUAGAUCUAGAGGACUUUCAAGGAAAUAAGGUCUAUGCAAAAUACAAAUCAUUUGGCAUUUCUCCAAUGGCUAUAAAUGCAGAACUGGAUGGCUACAAGCUGCACGUGUCUGAAUUUGAAGACGGCGGUGCAGGGGAUUCCUUGUCCUACCACAGUGGAUCAAAAUUCUCAACCUUUGACAAAGAUCAAGAUUCAUAUGAAGGAAACUGUGCGGUCAGCUAUGCAGGAGCAUACUGGUACAACUCCUGCUACAACUCCAACCUUAAUGGACUAUAUACGUGGGGAGAAGAAGCGCAAAUCGGAUGCAACUGGAGGUCUUGGAAAGGCUUUAAAUCGAUCAAAAGCAUCUCAAUGAUGAUGAGACCAGUGAAUCUAGAAUGACCUUUAAAAGGCCGUUUUUUGGUUCUUUGCCAAACUUAAACUUAUAUUAGUUAUCUACGUAUUUUGUGGUUUACAUAUUGGCUAUGAAAAGCAAAUAAGAAUGUACAUGCACUGAGUAUGCUAGGCUUAUUCUUUAUGAUGCUAACUAGCUGAUUUAAAAUGAAGUACAUUAGCUGCCUAAUUACCUUGAGUAGAGCAGAGCUGUUUAGGAGAAAGAUUUUGUUUUAAAUGCGCUUCUGUACAGCUGUAAAUAAAGUUGUGUUUCACUGUU